AUGUCUGGCCGCAAUCAGACACCGGCAACAACACGCCAAACACGCUCUCGUGCACAGACGCCACUGCCAGCAUUGCCAACACGUCAGUCGCACGCGUAUGGCGCUCAAGGCAAAGCCGCCAUAGCGUCGCAAGUCAAUACAACUCAAUCUGGCUUCCAGAAUGCAUUCGCAAACAACACACGCAAACGUGGCACAACUCGCGAACCAACGCGCGAUCCCUCACCAGAAGGUGCCGCACCAUCCAAUAACAACCGCUUUCGCAAGAAGACCAAAGCACCAGAACUAGUUCCACGAGCAGAAACCUAUGUCGAUGACGAGCCCGAGGUAGAAGACGAACCUGCGCUUGAACAAGAACGUGCACCAAAGACCAAUGGCUUUGCUUGGAAUGGCCCAGGUCGCCAAGCAAUUUUGGAGUCGACUCCCGACGACGCAAGACCCGCCACCUCUCUUCAAAACAGCGCACUCUACACUGCUUCCCACGGUCCCCCACCGCCUCCACCUCCACCACCGAGGCAGCCGACUGACCCAUUCGGCCGCAAUCCAGAGCGUCAAGAAGCGCAUGCUCGCCCAGAGCGAUUCCAACCAAACUCAUUCAUGGUAUUUAUUCACACAUUACCGCGGUACCUUCGGAGGCUUGUCAGCGAUGCUAAUGGCCUCAAGGGUAUCCUCUCAAUCGUGCUUCUCACAAUUGCAGCUCUGAUUGCCAUGGCACGUCUACCGCUGCCAAAUUCGCUCGCGCAGCUCAGACAUCACGCUCUCGUGGAGACGGCUUGGAUCAUCGGCCUACCAGGAUACUCGUCGCCAAAGGAGCUCCAACUGCGCUGGGAAAUGUUUCUGAACGAUGAUGCUUUCUGGGAUCUCCUGCCACCAAAUCAGACUAUACCGAGCUUGCAGUACGGUAUCAACGCUCAUUUCAAAUCUCGACUCGACAAGGCCGACAACGCUACGGAAGCCAUGCGACAGACCAUCGCUGUGCAGCAAGCUGCAAUUGCAGAGCUGCAACGCAUUCUGCCGCGCACCAUUGUUACCGAAGAGGUGGACGGCGAAUGGCAAAUACCAGCUCACUUCUGGAAAGCGCUCUCCGACAAGAUGACACGACCAAGCGACUCAUCUGAAAUCUGGGACCACUUCAUCCAGAGCAACGAAGAGAAGCUACAAGCUGUCUUUCUGGGAGUUUUAGAUCAAGAGAUGGAUAAUGUCGCCUCUCGUCAUCAACUCGUCAGCAAAGACGCCUUCCAAGCCGCCAUGGUUGCGAACAACAGGCUCAUGGAAGAGGAGAUGGCGGAAACGCUCCACAAAUUCCGCACAGAAAUCUUGACUGAAGCUCGCGACGUUGCCAAGGACACUCUCGAGAAGUCUGAAAUUAUGGCUAUGGCUCGCGCUAAUAUUGCCGCUCUUGGCAAUGCCAACGUCGUCUACAAUACGGACAAGGCUCUUCGCCAGGUCAAUUACCUCUCAGUCGGCAGCGGCGCUGCAAUUGACCCUCGCACCACCUCCAAGACACAGCACCCAUCCAAUACAUGGUACUACUGGCUUGGCACAAAAUUCGGCAUCUGGACUCAAGUCCCAAACCCACCAUCUUCAGCUAUCCAGGCGUGGGACGAGACCACGCAGUGCUGGUGCUCCGCCAACUCUACCGAACACAGAGCGCAGCUUGGUGUCAGGCUAUCGCGUAAGAUCUGGCCGACCGAGCUUACCAUCGAGCACGCCCCUGCUAUGGCAACCCGCAACAUCGCUGCAGCUCCGAAGGACUUCGAGGUGUGGUUCGAGCUUGACCCGGCCGAAGCGGACCGCAUUUAUGAGGAAAUCGGUGGCAAAACCUCGCGCUUCGCUGGCGACCGACCAUGCUCCAGCACGCCGCCAGACGACUUAAGACCUUGGGCCUGCCUCAUGACCGACUGGUACGACAUCGACAGCCACAAUUUCGUCCAGUCUUUCAAAUUCUUUCCAGACAUGCAGAGCCACGGUAUCAGCACGAACAGAGUCGUAUUCCGAGUGACGGACAAUUGGGGAGCCGAUCACACGUGUAUGUACAGGUGGAGGCUCGCUGGAGAGGAGGUUCCGCAGUGA